CGUUUAUCCCUCUUUCUUGACUCUUGACGAACAUCUCUGCUGCCCGCAACAAAACCCCCGACUAUGGACCUUACUAGGCUCAGCGAACAGGCUGCAGAGCGCAUCGAGAAGUUCAGUGCUAACCUCAACUUGAACUUGGAUAUGUCGCGAACGGGUCUGGGUAUCGGUGGACUACUCAUGCUCGCGCUUGUAGCGAAGAAGAUAUCUGAGCAGCCGGAUCUAAGCAAGAUACCCACCGUAGGACCUUCUGGAAUGCUGAGUUCGUACGCGGGGGCUAUCAGGUACAUGAAGAACGGAAAAGAGAUGUUGCUCGAGGGUUUUGCGAAGUACGGAGGAAAGCCAUUCCGCAUCCCAACAGCAAACCACUGGCUAAUUAUCGUGGGCCCGAAGUACGUCGAGGAGGUGCGCAAGGCGCCCGACAACGUGCUCAGCUUCCUCGAGGCGACAAAUGACUUACUUCGGGUGGAGUACACGCUUGGUCCGCGCAUCCACCACGACCCGUUCCACAUCCCCAUCAUACGUUCGCAGCUCACGCGCAGUCUCGGGGUGUUGUGCACCGAUAUCCGGGACGAGAUUGUGACUGCGUUUAAUGAUGAGUUGCCUUUGAAGGGUCACGAAUGGUCGGAGUUCACGGCCCUUAAGGUGGUGCAGCAGGUCGUGUGCAGAACGAGUAACCGGAUAUUCGUCGGACUUCCGUUGUGUCGUGAUCCCGAGUGGCGGGCGCUGAACAUCAAGCACACCCUCGAUGUUGUGAAGGCUGGCGCCGUGAUUAAUCUGUUCCCUAACUUUAUGGCCCCGUUCGUUGCACAAUUCAUGACCAAUGUUCCGGCAACAGUGAACAAUGCGUACAAGCACCUCCGUCCCGUCAUCGAUGAACGGCUAAAAGCCGUGGCAGAGUAUGGGAAGGACUAUCCUGGCCGACCUAAUGAUCUUCUAUCAUGGCUGAUCGACGAUGCCGAGGGACAACAGCUCGACCCGAGAAACCUUACCCUGUACAUGCUCGCUGUCAACUUCGCAGCUAUUCACACAACUUCGAUGAGCUUUACUCAUGUAUUGUUCUCGCUGGCUGCUAAUCCGCAAUACAUCAAACCACUCCGCGAGGAAGUUGAGACCAUUGUCGCUGCAGAGGGCUGGUCGAAAGCUGCACUCGGAAAGAUGCGCAAGAUCGACAGCUUCCUCAAGGAGGAGCAGCGUCGCUUUGGCAUCGGCUCUCUGAGCAUGGGCCGCAAAGCCCUGCAAGACUUCACCUUCUCGGACGGGACGUUCAUCCCCAAGGGAUCGACGCUCUCGGUUGCGUCGUUCGCGGCGCACCUCGACGAGCGCGUGUACAAGAACGCGGAGGCGUUCGACCCGUUCCGCUUCGCCGAGAUGCGCGAGGAGGAAGGCGAGGGCGUGAAGCACCACUUUGUGUCGACGAACCCGGAGUACUUGCCGUUUGGGCACGGGAGGCAUGCUUGCCCCGGGCGGUUUUUUGCCGCGAAUGAGCUGAAGAGCAUGCUCGCGCAUAUCGUCACCGAGUACGAUAUCAAGCUCGCGGACGAGGCUGGCGGGCAGCGGCCCGCGAACAUUUUGUUUGGCGGGUCGGUGGUACCCAAUCAGACGGCCAAGGUUUUGUUCCGCAAGCGCGUUGACUGAGCGGUUGAUAAUAUAUGGGGUGGUGAAGUGUGUAGAUGAUCAAUGGACUGAGAUAUAUGUGUAUAUAGUAUAUUUUGACCUUACGCUUAUGUUGUAGUUUUUUUACUUGUAAUUCGAAGCCAUGCCUUGUUCGUUC